AUGACCUUGGACCCGCGUGCCACCAAUGCAGAAAUAAGCACACCCGCUGUGAUCGAUCAAAACCAGAUUGAUGAAUAUCCAUUGACUAGUGACUCUAGUCAAACUGGCACACCGGAGCAUGUCCCCCGACAGCAAAAAAUACCAUCGCGUGAUUCACCGUUCUUGAUAAGCUCUACCUUCUCUGAGCCCAAGACUACGGAGAGCUCAUUUUUGAAGCCUUCCAAACCAACCAAGUCUUCUCACAAACCGGCUGCCAAACGGGCGAAGUUGACUGCAGACAAUGAAACAGAAGUCCGGUGUCAACUGAUCAACGAUAUCAACAUCCAGAGAUCAAAUCAUCGCAAUAUUACCUCCAAUGAUUUAAGAGACAUCAUCGCACUUCUGAUUCAAGCCAAGAAGAGCCGAAACCCUAUUUCCCUUAGUGACGAAGAAAAGGAACAGUGGCUGGAGCAAGAUGAACUUAUGAAACUUGCCGCCGACAAGAUGGAAAGGGGUGGUCGAUGCUCACGCGCUGCCUUGAGUCGCUGGGAGCUAUUUCUAACUGCUCCUAUGGUUGAGGAAGAAGACAAGAAAGACCUCGAGCGGAUCAUUGCGGUUGAAGAAUCUCACUCAGCCAUGUCGGUGAGCACGGGAUAUAAUUUUUUGCACAUUCGCCGCCUGCAGCGGAUCUUUCAAGACCCUGUUGCCUAUGGCGUGAAAGUUGAUGCAUCCAGAAGAACUGAAUUGACGAGAAUAGUCAAGGAUGCCAUUGAGAACAAGUGCGCAUUGACUCGGGCCACACACAAGACGAUUUUGGAAUUGCUUGAUCCAGAUAAAAAGCUUGUGAAACAUGACCAGCCUUCAAAAUCAUCCGGAGAAGAACGAGGUACAUCUAAGCCCAAAACGAAGGCCGCGCCUUCUUCCAAUAUCUCCCAACAAUCUACGCCUUUACGUGCCCAUUCCACCCAAUUUCAUGAAGAGCUUGCAGAUGUUUUGGAUUCACCACCCACUCCGUCUGUUUUCAAUUCGAAAGAUUUUCUGUCUACUCCCACUCUCAAUAUGCCUAAACCCAAAAAUUCACCUGGAAAUAUGCCCUCCAGGCCCUCCUCACUCCAACCACAACAACCCCAGCGACCCCAGAAACCAACGGAAAUACAGAAAACCCAACAAGCUUCCACCCAAAUGAAGCCCGACACUCCAAAAAAGCUAAUAAAUGUAUUUGUGGAGCAAGUCGCUCCACUAAUGCCAAUCUUUGACCUCGAUGAUCUGGACCGAUUGCUACGAAUGACCUCACUGCAUGGUAGCUUCGCGUUCCGUGAGGUCGAUCCAACACUGAGUCUUUGCUUUGCGCUGGCUGCCCUGCAAUCUCGAGACCGUGCUCACUGGAACUCUCAGGAAUGGUACAAGUGUGCUGAAGCUGAAAUGAAGUUGAACGAAAGCAGCGAGAGCUCCAUUCUAGCCAUUCAACGACGAACACUUCAAGUGCUGUAUCUGCAGAUGACGGGAGAUCUCAGCAGAGCCUGGAGUAUUUUGUCUCUGGCUCUUGGCCUCGCAGAGGCAAGCGGAAUUCAAACAGUGACCGGCGGUCCUUUCGCUGUAGACAAAAUCUCCCAGCAGCGCAACCGAGUCCUAUGGCACUCCCUUUGGUUGAUUAGACUGAGCCUAGCUUCGCAGAUGGGCAUGAACUGGCAAUCCUUAGAGACACGUUACUCGGCGCCACUGCCAACUAAUAUUCCAUUGGGGUCGAAGAUAAGCCGAACACAGCAUACUGCGAUAUCUUCUUUCUUCAAUGCUUCUGUUUCUCUUUACAAGCAUAUGGAAGAUAUCUUAUCCAAUGACGAGCAUCUGCGCUUGCGCAUUGACGUGUGUCCUUUUCGAUCCUUAUUUACGGCAGACCUCUGUGAUUUUUUCGAGCUUGACGGCAAACUUUUGGAGUGGAAGGAAGUUCUGCCUUCUGUUCUACAUUGGGACGGAACAAACAUCGGCUUGUUAAUGGAAAAUGAUGCUGUCAUUCGCCGUGUUCGUGUUCUAAUGCGUCUGCGAUAUCUGUCCAUCCGACUUCGCGUCUUCCGCCCUUUCCUGAUCUUCUGUUUACGCCUCUCCCAUACAUGCUCAUGUGCAUCCGGCCCGCAUAUUCUGACGGGCAAAGAAGCUGAAUCUGUUGACUCUCCUGCUAUUCUCGGUAUUGUCCGCGAUUCGACCUUGAAAUGUCUUGCCGCAGCACAAGAUAUCAUCAAAAUUCUGACCGUUGUUCAUGGCAAAGGUGCAGGCAAGGGCAACGAUGAUACAUUGAGGAUUACUACCUCUUCAUACGAAUGUUUGGAUUACAUCUUCACCUCAGCCCUGAUUUUGAUUGCCUGCCGUGCGAUCCCUUUCAUCGCAAAGGGGGCCGGUGCGAACAAGUAUAUUUCCAGCAUGAACGAGCAAAUACGCCACGCUGAUGUCCUCCUUCGCAACUACGAGGAGUCCUCUCAGCAGACGGACCAGCUUACCAACCGAAUCCAACGAUGCCGCGAAGUCCUUGACUUGUUGAAGGGUCAGAUUGAGAGUGGGCUUGGGGUGCAGAAUCCGACCGUUUUCUCAGAUGCGAGGGUUUCCGUUGGCCAGCAUGUCUGGAAGAGGCUAUACGACCGACUGGGGCUCCAAGAAGAAAUUUCGUUCCAAGAAGCUUCGUCCAGCCAUAGUACCACGGGACGAAAGAACUAUUUUGCUUGGGUAGAAAGUCUACCUACCGACUUGGACGGUUGGGACCCAGUCAAAGCACGAUAA